AUGGAUUCUUCAUCCUUUGAUGAACGUGAGCUCGAGACUCGACACAUUCGAAGUGAUCGUUUGGAGAGAGGUCUUGCAGGCGGUGGUGUCUCAUCUUCCAACAACAGCACGACAACGAGUGGACUCUCUGCCAGCCUAAAACAAACACCCACAUGGAUCAUUUAUAUGCUCGUCGGAAUGGCAGUAUUGGUGAUGCUCUCAUUGACUUUGAAUAUUGUGUUGUAUGUGAUUGGAUUGAAACAACACACGGAAGAAAUAGUCGUUCCAAAGAAUGUCAUUUUCAUGAUAGGAGAUGGCUUUGGACCAGCUGCACAAACAUUUGCCCGAUUCAUGAUGAAAAAUUCUGUCACACAAAACAAAUCACUGGCAUUAGACCCAUUUCUUGUGGGAAGCUCAAGAACUUUUUCAUCGGAUAGCGAUGUCACAGAUAGUGCUGCAGGAGCUACUGCUUUUUCAUGUGCAUUGAAGAGUUAUAAUGGAGCUAUUGGUGUUGAUCCAUCAAAGAAGCCAUGUGGAACCUUGUUGGAAGCAGCCUUAAAGAAGGGAAUGAGAACAGGUUUGGUGGCCACUAAUCCUGUCACGGAUGCUACCCCAGCCGCUUUUUCUGCUCACGUUUCACAUAGAUCCAUGCAAGAUAAAAUUGCCUAUCAACAAAUUCGCAUGAUGUCUGAUCUCUUUGGUAAAAUGCGUGACAGAAAAUAUGGUAUUGAUAUCAUUAUGGGAGGUGGAAGAUCCUAUUUUAUUCCAAAAGAAUCUAAUGGAAGUUUACGAAAGGAUUCUAUUGAUCUAGUUCAGAUGGCUAAAGAUCAAGGUUAUCAAUACGUUACCAAUGUGGAUGAGUUGUUGAAAGCUGAUAAACUUCCUCUCUUGGGAUUGUUUGCUCCAACAACCAUGAAAUACACCAUUGAUCGAUUGGAAACGAAUGAACCUGAACCUACUCUUCCUCAAAUGACAACAAAAGCUUUAGAACUUAUUAGUAAGAAUAAUGAGAAUGGAUUCUUUUUAAUGGUGGAAGGUUCUAGAAUUGAUCAUUGUGCUCACUCCAAUGAUAUUGCUUGCCAAUGGCAAGAAGUGAUUGCCUACAAUGAAGCAUUUAAAAUUGUUCAAGAAUUUGCUGCCAAUAAUCCAGAUACUCUUGUCAUCUCAACAGCAGAUCAUGAAACAGGUGGUAUUACUCUCAAUAGAGAUGUGGAUGGUAAUUCUGAAUAUGCCUUUUAUACUGAACAAAUUCGUCCAAUCAAACACAGCACCGAAUACAUUGCGAACCUUAUUACUGAUCCAACAAAUUUCACACAAGUUUCACUGAUAUUAUCACAAAAUGGAAUUCCAAGUCUAAGUUCUAGUGAACAUGCAUUAAUGCAAAGUAUUCAACCUCCUCUCAUGUUUGGAAUUGAUGAAGUGAUUAAUAGAAGAGCAAGAAUUGGAUUCUCAACACGAGGUCACACAGCUGUGGAUGUUAAUGUUUAUAGUUUUGGACCUGGAUCACAAAAUUAUUAUGGAAAUCGAGACAAUACAGAUGUGGGUAAAAUUGUUGCAAAUUUACUUGGCUUUAAUUUGACAGAUAUUACCACCAUGGUCAAUAUUUAUAUGAAUGCCAAUCCAUAA